CUUGGCCAUUACUGUCUGUUGUCCACACCCUCUGAGAGUUCUUUGAACUCAGCACGGGUGAUGGUGUAUGUUCGUACAAGUUACAAGAUGACCGAACGUUGAGAACUUGGGUAUGUUCUUCCUCUUUCGUGUUCUCAAAAUGAUACCGGGUUCAGUAUGUGUUUCUUGUGUUCACCUCACAAUCUCCCCAUUCUGUCUGUUGGAGGCUAUACGUAGGCGAUCGCAGUGGGCCAGUGGCACGCACAGGUUUUGGCAUAUCUUCCUUUUUCUGAUGAGAAGGAAAAAGCUGUUAAAAGAAGCCCUUGCUCAAAGGUGACAUGGACAUCUUGGAAAACGUCGUUUAAUUGAACCAAACGUAGCCGUCGGAAUCGAUUAAAAGCACGACUCUCAGCCAAAUAUAACGUCAAAGGAUCACCCUCAUUACGGGAACAACGAGUAUUGUUAUUGAAGGCUAUCCACCCUCGUUCUACGCUUCUUCCUUUCUAUGAUGACUGCUCCUGCCACCAUUAUCACGUACGGAAGAUUGCGAUGUGGAGAAAAGAGGCGGUUGAUGGCUGGACGGUGUUGUUUGAUUUAUUUGCAACAUUGGAAAUUUUAGCUCGUGCUUCCUUCUCGCUAUUUUUGUCGCCUUUCUUCCUUUUUACAUCGCCUUUAACACUAUCUUUGGCAUUCCUUUCCUUCACUUUGCGUUUUGCUAGUGAUCUCUAGCUAACAGUCGCCUCCAAUCCUGUCCACAAGCGCUCGCGCAGUAUGAUUGCACACUCGAUUUACGGUACGGUUAGCAGGAAGAAUGGGAAAACUUGUCGGAAGAAGGCGCGCAGGUCGAAAGCUGUGGUAUACGUCGGCACGGGAUGGUUACACUGAAGGCGAUGUGUCAGAUCUUAUAAAAGAGCAAGCAUUCUCUUAAAUCUAGGUCCAAACAGCCCGACGCCAACCCAUUGAAGAUGCAAAACCUCACCCAGCCUAGUCAGAUGUACGCUCGUGCACUAUACGUUCUCGGUCGUGGCUGCGCCCUAUGGGUUCCCGAACCAAACAACAAAUUACCGCCUGAAUAUCUUGAAGGAGGUGUUCGGAUCGGAGACAUAGGUGUUCUCAGAGCGGAUGGCAGCUUUGGUUUUAUCUUCAACGUCUGUUGUCAUGCGAGUCACCCUGUCAAUAGAAACGGUGUUCCGGAUGGUUUUCAGCCUUUGGAUUGGAACGACUUGAACGCUCACGGAACAAAUGAUUACUUUCCGCGUGGCGAUCCCAUAGUGAGCGGCGGUGCAGAAACCCGGGCGUUAGAUAUAGAAGGAUCCGUGACAGUACCUGGCGUCCCUGUCGGAGGGGGUGCAGCGCUGAGUAUCAGGUUCGGACGAAAUCGCGGCGCAGUAAUCGUACCUCCCAAUGGAGUGAAUAGUCUCGAUUGUGAAAGCCGGAAGUUAUUUAGAGACUAUGCGAUGAAGCACUCCGCUAGCUGGUAUGAAUUCAUCUAUGGACCCCUUGGAAUGGAAGUCGAGAAUGGGUCGAUCUACUUCAUCACGGGCUUCGACAAAACCGACUGUUGGGAGAACGCAACUUUUAGCAGCAGUGUACAGGAACGGUCAUGUGAGCUAAUUGUCACAACUGGCGGCCUAGGCGGAGGGGGCAUCAGGUUAUCCGACUCCUCAUUGCACGCAUCCUUCUCAAGGCGACGUUCUCCUCCUGAUAACCGGUAUCAAAACCAAGCGCUGUUUAUUAGGGGGUUCCGGAUAUCUGUGUCUCACAAACUCAGAGCAUUUUUCGGAGGAUCAAGCAUAGAAGUCACAAGUACAUAUGGAGCAUCCUGGCAGGAUGCUCUCGGCAAGAAGAGAUCCAUUACGAUUAAUCGUGGACGUACUUCGUCCUCUGGCUCUGGAUCGCCUGACUCUAAACCAGCUGGGGAAAAGUCAUCAAGUGGAAGUGAGAGCAACGACGGGCAGGAUAACUUGUCUGAAAGGUCUUAUGGAAGCUUUAGCUAUACCAGUCUGGAAGAUGAUGACCUCAUUCCAGCGUUGGAGAUUUACCACCCUUUGAAAGCCAUCAAUGAUUACAUCCUACGGUCGGCAGACGAUAUUCAGGUUGCCAUAACUCACGACGAAGACUGCAUUUCGCUGCUAAACAAUAAGGAUCUCGAGGUACCUGAUGACACAACGUUAAUACGGAGACUUCGAUCUCUGUACCGUAUCAACGUGAAGCACGGUUGUGCAUCCCUCAACCGUACCGAAACUCCCUAUCUUCCGUCUCCAUGGCUUGAAGAUAUAUAUGACGACGCAUUUUUACCGACCCUAGAAAGUCACCUUUCUCUACCCUUGCUGACUACGUUCGGUGAAGGUGAGGUUAUUGAGCCAGGUGGAUCCGACUGGUACAAUAAGGGGAACAUCGGCGACACUCAGAGACCAUCAGCAGCGGUCUCGGCCGCUAGUCGGAAACGGCGGACGAGGACGAGGACGCCUAGAUUUGAAUGUCCUGUUGACGGAUGUGGGGCUGAUUUCACCGCGAACCAUAAUUUGAAAAACCAUCUUAAUGCACACAAUGGUGUCAAGAAUUAUGUUUGUGAAUUCUGCCAACGCAAGUACACGACCCGCAGUGUCCUGAGACGUCAUCAGAAGACCUGCAAGCAGGCAAAAGACAAAAGCAACCAAUGAACAUUUCACCCUCGCUCCUUUACUCCCCUUGUAACUCCAAUUCUGACUAUACCGACUCGUUCGUAGGAUCGACAGAUAUAAUCCUCGAUAGCGUUAG